UUAUACUGCGUAGAUAACUGCAUAUACAGAAUUACAGUAUUCCUAUUAAACAUUUGCAUAUUAAUUUCAUCGUCAUCAUCAGCAGUAGCAGUGGUAAUGCAAUAAUACUCUUCACGAACAUAGAGACGGGGGAGCUUGACUGGUCUUGGCGGCGGUGUCCCUGGUGUAGAAAAAUGGUUUUGACAUUGUUUUGGUGACUCGAUCAGCAAUGCCAGACAGUGACAGUGGUCUACCCUUCCCUGGAACCCCUCACACAAACCAAAUGCUCUCUCUCUCUCGCUCGUACACGGCGCAACUUUUGCGGUACUUGGCUCACAACAACACACAGGAGCAGCCACGUGAAGGUGAGAAGGGAUCUCCCUCCGACUUGCCCUUCCUCUUGGCGUCCACCCUCCCGCCAACCUGCUGUCCUUCGCCUUACCUGUGCCGUCUUGAGGAAGAUCGGCCAGCUACCACUACCCAGCAGGGCUCAUAAGGAUUCAUAGAUCUUCGCGGCCCUAACACCACCACCUCCAACAACAAGGUGAGAACGAGUUUCAGUUGUGAAUUGUGGAGAGGAGAGAUGCCGGGCCCACAGAGAAGAAAGAAGUUCCAUCGAGGAGACACUCAUUUGAAAAAGAGGUGGAGGACCAAGAGGCGCACUAAGGAUCUUGAUGAGAUUGAUGUUGAUCUCAAGGAGGAGAAUGCAUCCAAACUGUUGCACCAAGAGGUGGACGAAGACAAGCCAGGUGGAGGUCAGCAUUAUUGCCUCCACUGUGCGCGGUACUUCAUUGACAAUGAUGCACUGAAGAGUCACUUCAAAACCAAAGUCCACAAGCGACGACUCAAGGCUCUGGAGACUGAACCUUACUCCAUUGAGGAAUCUGAGAGAGCAGCAGGGAUAGGCUCCUAUGUCCCUCCCAAGAAGCGUAAGAUGGAAACACAACCAGUGGAUGAUGGAACCUUUCACCCAGAACAGGAAGAUGUUGAUAUGAAGUAGCAGAUACUUAUAGAAGAGAGAAAGGGAGAAGGUGGGGAUGGGGGAGGGAGGGAGGGAGGAAAUAUUCUGUUAUUGACAAAUACCUUUCUUUGUUAUCCUUUUUCAGGGUCUCUAUUGAUAUGCAGUAGUGAUUAAAGAAAAAAAAAUUCAGAA